CUGUUUUUCUGUCUAAAGCAGUUCAUUUUCUCUAGGCAGUGUUUCACUGCUUAAUUUUAGUCUAAAAUAAAUAGGGAACUCUUGGUCAUGAAUUUCCCAGAAAUCAAUGUUAAGUACGGAGAAACGUGAAAGAGUGCUCCAUAUCUCCCAUUUGCAGGAACAGCCACUCCCUUCUGGCACGAUGACAAAAACACAAAAGCAGCUCUUCUUUUUCAUUACUGAAUUCUUUGCUACAAGUGAAUUCCAGACAGGAAUCCUGCUGCUUGAAACAAACAAGCAAAGAACGGAAUUUGAUGCAAAACCUGGCUUUUUGACUCUACUUCACAUGUGUCAGCCUCUGGGCCAUUGAAGAGUGAAGAAAAGGAAGAAGAUCACUCUGUGGUGUUCGAUCAUAAGUACCCCAGGCCGGUGCAGUUGUCUGCUAACAGGAGCACCAACCUGAGGUAUUAGAAACCACCAUGGAGGAAAAAAUCAAUACCACAAUAAGAGCAACAACAGAAAACUAUGAUGAAUAUGGAGACACCACCUUUGACUAUGGUAAUUACGAAGAGCUCUGUGAGAAGAAGGAAGUUCGACAGUUUGCACAGAUUUUCCUCCCUGCUUUCUAUGCUGUGGCAUUCGUGAUAGGGGUGGCUGGGAAUUCUCUGGUGGUUGCCAUAUACUCUUAUUACAAGAAGAUGAAAAGCAAGACUGAUGUGUACCUUCUUAAUCUGGCAGUAGCCGACCUUUUACUUCUAUUUACACUACCUUUCUGGGCAACUAAUGCUGCCGUAGGGUGGCAGUUUGGCAUAUUCAUGUGCAAGAUAACUUCUGCUUUGUAUACUAUAAAUUUCAGCUCAGGUAUGCAGUUCCUGGCUUGUAUUAGUCUAGACAGAUAUUUUGCUGUAACCAAGGCUCCCAGUGCACAACCCGUUGGAAAGAUGGGUCGGGUAAUCUGUCUCUUUGUCUGGAGUACUUCUAUGCUGUUGAGUAUUCCAGAUUUAUAUUUCAGCACAGUGAAGGAACAUAAUAACAAGCACGCAUGCCUUCCAGUAUACCCUAAAGAUAAGGUAAAGCAAACCACUGUAUUGAUCCAGAUUUUGGAGAUAGUAUUUUGCUUUUUACUGCCAUUUCUUGUCAUGGUAUUUUGCUAUGCAUCAAUGGCAAAAAUUGUGCUAAAAACUCCCAAUAUUAAAAGAUCAAGAUCUCUUAAGGUGCUGUUGGCAGUGGUUGGCGUCUUCCUAGUAACUCAAUUACCAUAUAAUGUAAUUAAGUUCUGGAGGGCUAUAGAUAUCAUAUAUGCCUUAAUAACUAGUUGCAGUAUGAGCAGAACCAUUGAUAUUAUGAUUCAGGUGACUGAAAGUUUAGCCUUGUUUCACUGUUGCCUCAAUCCAGUUCUAUAUGCCUUCAUGGGGACAACGUUUAAAUGUUACAUUUCAAAGAUUGCAAAAAGAUGUGGCUCCUUACGAAGACAAAGAAUACACAGCACUGAAGAGUUCUCUAUGCAUUCAGAAAACCAUGUUGAAGAAACCAGCAGCUUUUCUAUCUAAAAUACUUGUAAAAAAAUUUGCCCUUAUAUGACUUGCACAGCAAAAUGUUGGAUCACUCAUAUGUAUUAUACGCAAAUGCACCGAGCUGGUAAAUUUGCCUCUUCAUUACAUUUGUAGCAGAAUUGUAAAUAUUUUUUGUAUUAUCAUAACUAAAAGUUUUUUUCUGGUUAAA